AUGUCUCAAAGACUUGACGACAAGGCACAAGGUAAACAAAACCUUGGGGACAUGCCAUCGAGAUUCAUUCAUGUACAGCCAGCAGAGCGAUACCAGACACAGUUCUAUGUUGUGUCGCGACUGGGCAUCCAGUCCAACGUAAUCAUCGCGGCAACAUACACCAGCACAAAUGGGAAAUUGUCACUUGAUAAAGAAACCCUAUAUCCAGCCCUGAAACAGGUCGUACAGAAGUAUCCAGAGCUAGGGAUGGUCAGUUUUGCUCGUCCCUCGGAAAGAAAGACUUCUCAGCAUAGACGCUGGUCCGGGUUCUUGCGACAAGUGAACCUCGAUGAUCACGUCAAGUUUGUCGAGAUAUCCACGGAAAAGGAGAGGGAGGGUCUACGGUCGACAAUUGAAAGCUAUCAUGGUCUCUGGUUCGACGAUAUCUCAGAAAGACCGCCAUGGUCUCUUUUUGUGGUGAAUGGCAGACACGCCAUAUUUGUUUUCCAUCACUAUAUUACCGAUGGACGAGGCGCAACAUAUGUCCUUGGAAGUCUGCUCGAAGCGUUAAAUAAUACUACGCCAAGUGAGCAGACCGAAAACCACACCUCGCCCUCCCCAUCCCCGAUUGCGCCCUUGACUCUGGACGUCCCUGGAUUUCCGGAGAAAGACCCGGUGAAGCGUGCCAGGGCAAAGCUUUCUAUCCUAUGGGCCAUCUGGAUAACUCUAAAGGCUUGCUUUAUCCAAUUGUCAAGCCGAGUUGUUGGUCGCGGAUUAUUUUUCCAUGAUGCAAAGCCUCGAAUGUUCGACAGGCUGGACUUAGACAACCCUCAGCGCGAAAAGUUCUCACGGACAAAAGUCGAGUCAUGUCGCCUUGAUUCUGAGUUGAUGGCGAGAUGCAUCAAGGCAUGUCGUAAACAUCACACUUCAUUUACCAGUCUCCUUCACACGCUUCUCAAGGUCACCCUUGCGACAGACCUGUACCCUGCAUCGAGAUACGGUAACUCGCAAACGGUCAUCGAUCUUCGACCCUAUCUUAUACCUGAGCCUAGGGAACGAGUUAUGAGCGGUUGUCUUUCUGUUUUUGCAACGUUUGAGCGGCUGUCCAGAUUUCGAGAGGCGGGGGCCGCAACAACAACGACAACAGCAAUAACAAGCACUGAAAAGUCUGUGGAUAUCAUAUGGGACCUGGCGCGUAAGCACAAGAGCCAGCUGAACAAUGAUCUCAACCACACCCAGCUAUGGCGCAAAGUAUGGCAAAGCAUUGAGCUGCUGCCGGAAGAGGAUGAAGGUUUCCUGGAUCAGUUUCUAUUUGGCUAUCGGAUGUUACAACAGAAUGUUUUCUACGUCUCCAAUCUAGGCGUCUUUGAUCCCGCACAGUUUGGCGGAGAUACUCCUGGGGCUAAAUGGACUAUUUCAAACAUGGAGUUCUCUGCAGGCGGCGUGAAAGCCGGGUAUGGAGCGAAUCUUACUGUCAAUGUGGUGGCUGUGGCAGGUGGCGAUACUGUCCUUUAUUUUGGCUCGGAAGAUGGCGCUUUGAGGGAUGGCCUGGUCAGCACCCUAGUAAAGAAUGUCCGGGCGCGGCUGGAGGCUAUUCUGUGA